AUGGGACCUCCAUACUUCCACCUGUGCCCCGCCUCCCCCGCCCGGGCCCUGGCGAGGCUGCUCCUGCCGCUGCUCGUGACGCAACUGUGGGCCGCGGAGGCGGUGCUGCUCCCCAGAAACGACACGGGCUUGGACCUUGUGGCCUCAGGCGCUCCAUGCGCACGCGGUUCGCAGCCCUGGCAGGUCUCCCUCUUCAAUGGCCUCUCAUUCCACUGCGCGGGCGUCCUGGUGGACAAGAGUUGGGUGCUCACAGCCGCGCACUGCGGGAACAGCAAUCCUCUGUGGGCUCGCAUCGGGGACGACCACCUGCUCCUCCUCCAGGGUGAGCAGCUCCGCCGGACCACUCGCCACGUUACCCACCCCAAGUACCGCCAGGGCUCAGGCCCCAUCCUGCCUAGGCGGACAGACGAGCAUGACCUCAUGCUGCUGAAGCUGGCCAGGCCUGCUGUGCUGGGGCCUCGCAUCCAGACCCUGCGCCUGCCCUACCACUGUGCCCAGCCUGGAGAUCAGUGCCAGGUUGCUGGCUGGGGCACCACGGCUACCCGAAGAGUGAAGUACAACAGGGGCCUGAGCUGCUCCAGGGUCACUGUCCUGAGCCCUAAAGACUGCGAGGUCUUCUACCCUGGUGUCGUCACCAGCAACAUGAUAUGUGCGGGACUGGACCAGGGUCAGGACCCCUGCCAGAGUGACUCUGGUGGCCCUCUGGUCUGUGAUGAGACCCUGCAGGGCAUCCUUUCAUGGGGCGUUUACCCCUGCGGCUCUGCUCAGCAUCCAGCUGUCUACACCCAGAUCUGCAAAUACAGCUCCUGGAUAGAGAAAACCAUACGCUCCAACUGAUCCAGAGGUCCUGCCACUCCACCAGCUGCCCUCUUGCUCCUUCCUCCGCAGUGCAGGGGCUGAACCCUCCCCCUGCCCCUUUCGAACCUCCGCCGCCCAUCUACACCUCCUAACAUCUCUCCUCUUCCCUUACUCCCCCUGCCUACCACUGCUCUGGCGCACUUUGAAGCCGAAGUGCUAAAAGUGGUGGCAAAGUUUAAUUCAAGAGAAGCAAGGAAGCUGUGUCCGAGAGAAGCUGUCAUUCACUCAACCUGCCUCCCUCUGCUACUUCCUUCUGUGUGACCUCGGGCAAGCUAAGUACCCUCUCUGGGCCUCUAUUUCCUCAUCUGGAAAAUGGGGACAAUGAAGUGUCUACCUCACAGAUGCAUGGUGAAGAGACGAUCAUAUAAUACGAUUGCAUAGGUUGCUAUGGUAAUUAUCAGUAAAGCAUUAACGCAGGGGCUGGUGAGCCCUGACUAAA